GAAUAUCUCUUGCCUAUUGGUCCGGCUAGUGUCAAUCAUGAAGCAGUGCCAAUCAAGAUAGAUUGGGCAGCAGCAGCUACAUUGUAUCGUUUGACAGAACUAAAUAGUUACAUUGUACAUCAAGAGGAACGAUUUUUAAAAUUUAUACUGACGUCGACAGACAGACUGUUAACAUAAUCUUUAUUCCUCAAUCAACAUUUUAAAUACAUAGUCAUAUAUCUUUGAAUCUCCGGUUUUACCAGACAGAUGUGGAUACAGUUCUACAGGGAGUAACACACCUGCAGUAAAGAGGGGAAGAGGAUCCUAAUUCAGAGGACCAGUGGAUGACCUGCCUACUGUACAGACCAUGAUCUGAAGGCCCCGCCACGUGGCCCCAUUCUUUCUUCUUCAUUAUUUCCUGCAGGGGAAAGAGCUCCUAGACUAGCCGCCUCAGACAGGUGGAGCGGAGGGAGAUAGAGAGAGUGUGUACAAGAGAGUGUGACAGCCAAGCGCCUAGUCUGCAACAGUGCCCACCAACCACCUCCACAGGACAGCCGUGCCCUCUGACCCCGCCACGCCCCCUGCCCCUCCCACCGCCAGACCGGAACCAUGGGAAGGAAAAAGAUCCAAAUACAGAGGAUUACAGACGAACGGAACAGACAGGUGACGUUCACCAAGAGGAAGUUUGGCCUGAUGAAGAAGGCGUAUGAGCUGAGCGUGCUGUGCGACUGUGAGAUCGCCCUCAUCAUCUUCAACCACUCCAACAAGCUGUUCCAGUACGCCAGCACCGACAUGGACAAGGUCCUGCUCAAAUACACCGAGUACAACGAGCCCCACGAGAGCCGGACCAACGUCGACAUCAUGGAGGCUCUGAACAAGAAAGAGCACCGGGACUCAGAGAGCCCAGACCCUGAGGAGCCCUUCUCCCUCACCCCCCACACUGAGGAGAAAUACAAAAAAAUUGACGAGGAGUUUGAUAAAAUGAUGCAGAGCUAUAGGCUGUCAUCAGCUGUCCCCCAGCCCACUUUCUCCAUGCCCGUCACAGUGCCAGUGUCCAAUCAGAAUGCUCUCCAGUUCAGUAACUCUGGCGGCCUGGUAACCACCUCCUUCGUCACCUCCACCCUCACAGACCCACGCCUGCUGUCGCCACAGCAACCUCUCCAGAGGAACACUGGGUCUCCAGGGUUACCACAGCGACCGGCCAGCGCAGGUGCUCUAUUGGGAGGUGAACUGAGCAACUCCAACGGAGGAUGCCCAAGCCCUGUUCCGAACGGCUACAUCAGUGCCAGGGCCUCCCCCGGCCUCCUCUCCGUCUCCAACGGCAACAGCCUGGGGAAAGUAGUCCUGGCCAAGUCUCCACCUCCGCCCAGCCCUCAGAUGGUGAACAGCCGCAAGCCUGAUCUCCGGGUCAUCACCUCCCAGAGCGGCAAGAGCCUGAUGCAGCUGACCGAUGAGGAGCUGGAGUUGGUGAGUGAGAAUGCUCAGCGGUUAGGCGGUUCUCAAGGGAACCUGUCCACACCAGUGGUUUCUGUGGCGACGCCCAGUCUCCUAGCCCCCUUCUCCGCCAUGCAGACGGCCUACAACACUGAGUACCAGCUGACAAGUGCAGAUCUCACAGCGCUCCAGACAUUCACGCCAUCAGGGCUGCUGCCUAGCAACAUGUCCACCUGGCAACAGCAACCAGCAGUAUCCCAGCAGCAGCAACAACAGCAGCAGCAACAACAACAACAGCAGCAACAACAACAACAGAUCAGCUUGGCGUCACUCAGUAAUUUGGUCAUGUGGGGCGCAGAGAAACAGAACGGGGAGAUGGCUAACUGCAUCUCCAAUUUCGCUGCUAACCUGAGCAUGGCCUCUCAAUCAAACUUGCUAUUUGGCAGGGAAGAGGGUCUCUGCUGGCCGGUGGGCCACUUACCUCAGGGCACCAUGCUGACGAUUAACACCAACCCCAACAUCAGCAUCAAGUCGGAGCCCGUGUCACCCAACCGCGACCGCAGCACCCCGUGCUCCACAGCUGGGGGUGCCGGAGGAGGGGGCCUAGUGACCAUCACAGGGGCCCCUAUGUCAGGCCAGUACCCAGGGGCCCUGCGCCUGGAGCCGUCCACCCUGCAGGGCCGCUCGCCCGUCGGCAGCCUGAGCAGCAACGGCAGCUCCUACGAGGGUGACCGGGACGAUGGGGCCCAAGGACGGGCCCAGGACUUCCACCACCAGGGAGGGGCCUCCUCGGCCAUGGGGCUCCUGAGGCCCUCGUCCACUCAGGAGCAGCAGGAGCAGGAGGGGGCCAACGUGAAAAGAAUGAGACUGGACACCUGGGUCACAUAGAUGUGUAGAACAAGAGAGUGAAGGGAAGAGAUGCCCCAUCCCCCACCCUUUUACCGUAUGUACAGUAAAUGCUGACCUCACACACAUGCCUCCACCACACACAAACACACACACAUGCACCGGACACACCCAUUUGCGCAUGCUCUUACACUCUUGCACACACUCUUUCUCUCACAAAUGUAUGCGUUGACACACAAGCUACAUACUGUUUUACACUAUAUUGUACUAAACACACACACACACUUUCACACAAACACCCUCUAUAGGGGCAGAGUCACCGAACCAGGGAUUACAUGUCAACAUAGUGUGUUGGACAAGAUUAGGAUUGGAAUGAAUGAGUUCUCUUUUGUUCAAGCUGGCUCGGUCUCCUUUUCGUUUUGAAGGGAGAGAGAGCAGCUAGAAAACUGACUGAUUAUUGACUGACUAAUGGCUUUGCUGGGUUUUCUGUUUACCCUCUACAUCACAUAAUACACACCUGGUAUCCUCCUGUCUUUUAUCCACAGUAGGUCUCUAGUCCAGCUGCACUGCUCUGUUGAGAAACAGUAGAACAACCAAAAUGAAUCCACUUCUUUGUAUCUGCCCAGUGGCACUGUUAUAUCCAGCUUUUGGUGUUUUUGUAAAGAGUAUGAGAUUGGUGAAUGAGAUUUUAACUGUUUUUUAAAAAUAUAUAUUACGUCCUCUCUCUGUCUGACUGUUGUCCAUCAACCAUCUUUAAAUUUCUAUUAACAUUUCUGUUUUAGAUUUGAGAACCCAAAAUUCACUGAGUCAAACUGAUUAGCUAUCCAUUUUAGAAGACAGGAUUUACUCUUCUAAAGUGGAUGAUCCUUGUUUUGUUUAGUUUUAGCCAGGUAUUUAAUCAGAACCAUGCAAAUAGCUGUUUAAUCUGAAACAUCGAUACCUUAUCUAGGUCAAAUACUGUUUUAUCAGGGAAGGGCUGCCCUAGCUCUAUGACACAUGCUACAGAUACCUACCGAUCAACUUCAGAUGCUGCGUGUGUUUCCUGUUCUGUGAUAUUUAUUUCAAAUGCUCUUUUUGUGUUUUUUUUUACUACCUUCUUGACUUUUCAAUUUUCCCCACGCUCAAAUCCAUCCACACUCACACACAAAAAAUGUUGUUGUUAAACAAUGCCUGUGUUUCAGAAGGCUCUGAAUAGGAGAUGUAAACUGGGAGAAAAAGUGAAGAACUGUGUAUAUAAGCAAUUUGUUCUGUUUCCUUCUGUAUGGCUUUUGUAUAGCAGGGACAUUGUUUUUUGAGGGUAACAUAUAGAGCAUAUAAAUAUAUAUUUAAACAGCAGCGAUAGCAGAUCUUGAGAGUAAGUGAUGAACUGCAUACGAUGCAGAGAAAACGAUAGACGACAGGGAUUGUAUAUAGAUAUAUAUGUUCACAUAUGUUCAGCAGGAUAUCCCUAAAAGCUAAUGUGUUGAUUCUCAGUGGAUCUGUCUUUCUAUUUAUGUGUGUGUACAUAGGUGUACUAGGUUGCAAAGCCAAGUGAGGGUGCUAGAGGGACAGAAAAGGAAGUAGCAGUGGAUUGGACUGUUUGAGUGAGCAGUGGUUAGUACUCUGACGGAGCGCACUUUAACCUCUUCCUCCCCCCAAGCCCCCAAAAUGCCCCCUCUCUUUAAAAGCCAGGUGUCCUCCAGAAAGGGAUAGUCAUGUCUGCAUGUCCUCAGGCACGUCAAACUCAUUCAACACACACACAAACACAUUUACACACAUUAGCCAGACAAGUAUCCCCUGUGCUUUCUGUUAGAGGAGAGUUCCCUGGCCACAUUAAUUAAUUACAGUAUUUCACUCAUUGAACCGUGGUGUGAACUCGACCGCUCCCUACCAGUGACUUAAGACAAGUCCAUCUCACGCUCAUUUGACCCCUGCCACUAUCAAUUUUCUGCCAAAACGCCUCAUUGCUCCACACACUCAAACACCAUAUUCGCAUAUACUCUGCACUCUGUCCAGAACAGGUUCAAAUGACCUCCCAUUGGCUCUUUAUCGUUUUAUAUCGUUGUAGUUGUUGCCGUAGGGAUUGUGCAGCCUGACUCGUCAGGAGUCUAGACGAUCGUCUAGAGGCGGAUGGCAGAGAGAGAGAGAGAGAGAGAGAUCACGACUGCCGGCAUGUUCGCACACCCUUGGACUGUAAGACUGUUGUGUCCUAAGCUUUGAACAAAACAUUGACCCUGAUGUUCGUUUUUUUUCAUAAAAAUGGUAGCUAUGUCUUGAAUAGUGCCACACGCCAUGAAGCAAUGUUUCAUAACUAGACUAAAUGGUGACUAGUGGAAGCAGACUAUGGGGAGAUGGUUGGUUAGUACUCUGGACGUUGGCCAAUUGAGGUGUUGCAUAAAGCCCUGACAUUAUCUCAGAACAACACUAAGGGUCACUGUAAUCACAAAUGAAAAGACAAUCGUCAUGACAAUAGUUAACCUGCGCCCCCAUAUUCCCCAUGUAUAAUGAAUGAUGUUUAGAGAAUCUCACUUUCCAGUGUUAAUUUGUGCUGGUGACAGUUCUAUUGUCUGUUUUUAUUAUAAUUGUUCUAUGAUAAUUGCUAUUAUUACUGUUAAUAUUAUCAUUAUUGUGACCAUCGAUGGUAAUUGUAAUGAUGAUAUAGAAAAGGCAAUUUUAUUUUUUGCGGUUUUGUGUAGGUUAGGAAUCUUGUUUUAUUUGAAUUUUAUUUUAUUAUAUAUAAAUAUAUUUUUGUUUUGUUUUCAUUUUUCAUUUUGUUUUUUCUUCAAAGGGUGUACUAAAAUUGCACGAUUUAUGACGUAAAACAAAACCGCUGUUGUAAUAUUAGUACAUGUGAGAUCAUGAAAGGUGGUAAACAAGUUUAAUAUAAUAACCAGUUCAAUGCUGCAAUUUUUUGUCAAAUGUACAAAACUUAGUCUACAGAUAGUAAAGUGAGGACAAGACACAUUUAAUUUAUUUCUGACCAGACACAAAGAUGUCAAUGCAUGGGCGUAACACAAAAAAAGAAUGAAUCAUAUUAUAGGAAAUACAUAUGAAAUGUAAUAUCAAUAAGAAUAUACAUCACACAGAAAUAAAAUAGAAAUUGAAGAAAAAAGUACUAUUAUAGCUAAUAUAUUGUGUUCGGCUAGUCUGCUUUUUGUUGUAAACAAAAUUACGUUUUUUUGUUGUUUUUGGAGAAUGAUAUACAAUUUGUGUAUAUUUUCAUAAAUAAAGUAUGCACUGAUGUUAUUACAAAUUCUAUACUGCUUUUACAAAAAAAGUGUUUGUUAUUGUACCAAAGUAUCCAUUUGUCCCUUCUUACCCUCCCCUUUUUGCUUAUGUUUUAUCGUAUUUUAUAUAUUAAAUAGACAAGUUGACCUACAA